AGUCCGAGGAACGGCUUGGCUUUCCGUUGACUCGGAGUAGAUGAAAGCGGACGAGUCGAGGAGAGCAGCGGUCUUUAACUCAAGCGUUUUUUGCUCACUCUGGAGGAGUUUCAAUCGAAGAUGAAAGUAUUAGCAGUUAGUAUUUUAGACAGGUUUCCAUGUUGUUAACGUUAGGUGACAAUUCAGCGAGAGGAACUGUGUUAAUAAGUGAGGUAGCGUGAUAGUAUUGGUUUCACCGCGUGAGGUCACCUGUUGGACCGGGCUUGCAGGUAAAAACGGGCGUCGGUACACCGAUAGCACGACUUGACGUUUAUAGCAGCCGUUAUGAUUCCCGAAUGCCCACGAGCGAGCGAGCCCAGAAGCCGAGUUCGGUGUGAAUCCGGUCAGAACCGCUCCGGUUUGCUGCGCGAGAUCCGGACCGCCAUCAGGAGCGAGCCGUUCACCGAGCGCUAUGACGUCAUCCCGGGCAAAGAGCUGGGCAGAGGUAAGUUUGCUGUGGUGAGGAAGUGUGUGGAGAAGAGCACAGGGAAAGCGUACGCAGCGAAGUACAUGAGGAAGAGGAGGAAGGGCCAGGACUGCAGGACCGAGAUCAUCCACGAGAUCGGCGUGCUGGAGCUGACAGCGGCCUGUCCUCGAGUCGUCAGUCUCCACCAGGUCUACGAGACGGCCAGCGAGAUGGUGCUGGUUCUGGAGUAUGCUGCAGGAGGAGAGAUCUUUAACCAGUGUGUGGCCGACAGAGACGAGGCCUUCAAAGAAGACGACGUGAAGAGACUGAUGAGGCAGAUCCUGGAGGGAGUGUCCUUCCUUCACCACAACAACGUGGUGCAUCUGGACCUCAAACCUCAGAACAUCCUCCUGACCAGCGAGUCUCCUCUCGGGGAUAUAAAGGUGGUGGACUUCGGUCUGUCGAGGCUGGUGAGCAGCGGUCAGGAGAUCCGGGAGAUCAUGGGCACGCCGGAGUAUGUGGCACCAGAAAUCCUGAAUUAUGAGCCGAUCAGCACAGCGACGGACAUGUGGAGCAUCGGCGUCCUGGCCUACGUGAUGCUGACGGGGAUCUCUCCGUUCCUGGGGGACGAUAAGCAGGAGACCUUCCUCAACAUCUCUCAGAUCAACAUCAGCUACACCGAAGAGGAGCUGCAGCGUCUGGACAGAGCCGCCAUUCACUUCAUCAAGAGCCUGCUCAUCAAAGAGCCAGAGAGCAGAGCGUCUGCAGAAGACUGUCUGAAGCACCAGUGGCUGCAGCCGGAGGAGGUCCUCCUGGAGAGCGUCUCGGAGCCACUCAGUCCCGCCGAUGAAGACGAGGAGGAGGAGGAGAGCGCUCCGGAGCUGAUCGUGAUGGCCGCUUACACCCUGGGUCAGUGCCGGCAGUCCUCGGAUAAAGAGAGCCUGACCCCGGACCAGAAGGCCAUCUCCAAGCGCUUCAAGUUCGAGGAGCCCUUCUCUGCUCUGCCCGGGGAGUUCAUCUACUGAGCCACGCCUCCUCUCUCUCUCUCUCUCUCCUCUUGAGUUCAGUUGUAAGCCAAACGGUUUUCCUUUCACCGGUUGCUCUUGUUUCUGUUUGUGCUGAAGCCUUGCUGCGGUUCUCGUUUUUUUUUUGUUUGGUGCCAUGCUGCCAUCUUUGAUAAGGGUCAGGCUCGUGAUCAUUCCUGUUUGCCAUGUUUGUACAAAAUGAUCGUUGUGUGUGUGUGUGUGCGCGUGUGUGUGUGUGUGUUUUCCUGCAACACGAAGGCGAGCAGAAUUAAAUGUAAAUGAAUCCAGUUUAUUUUAAGAGUGUUUCUGUGUCGUGUUUAAAAAAAAAAAAAAAAGCCAUUUUGUAUGUUGAGCUCCUGACCGAUGUCCACUACAAUAAUAACAUAAUUACAUUCACGCUCAUUUAUAUAUAUAUAUAUAUAUAUAUAUAUAUAUAUAUAUAUAUAUAUAUAUAUAUAUAUAUAUAUAUAUAUGAAGAACGUGUCUUUCUGUGUUUGUCAGCUCAUGUUAGAGUUAUAACUGUAUAUUGAUCUGUCACUAUAAAGAAUAUUUUUAAUGGCAACAAAUUUGAAAGUGACUGUCUUGAUGCUGUAAAUAAAAGUUUGUCUCGACUGUC